AUGUUUGCAGUUAUCUUUGGAUAUAUUCUCCCGUUCCUAGCCCUGUGCUCUCUCUAUUUCUAUACAACACACUUUACUCGCAGAUAUACAAUCCGAUUCAUAGAGUGGUCCAGCAGAAAGCAGCAGCCGUUUGUGAGGGCUGUGCAGCGCAUUCGCCUGACAAUUCCGCCAACGGCCAGAGGCCCAGCGGACUACGCUGUUCUAUCCUACACUCUUGGUGUUCCUGACGUUAAGUAUCAGCGUCGGAGCCUUCCGCCACAGCUUUUCGAUGGUCUGGGAAGCGUUUCAAUGGAUCAGGUUCUCGUACCUGAUGCGCAAUCCAAUAUAUUGAUAUGUACACCCAUGGCUGCGUCUGCACGUGCGCCCUGUGUCAAGAGGCUUGUCUCGGCCGCAACAGCAGAAGGACACAACUGCUACGUCUUGAUUUCUCGAGGAUACGGUGGAACCAUUUUGGACAGCGACGCACAGGAACAGUACCUGGACGAGUAUCUAAACAUCCAGGACAUUUACGAGGCGGUCUAUGACCUCUCGCAAAACUCAGAUCUACCAAUUCACCUGGUGGGAUUUUCCUUGGGGGGCAUGAGGAUUUGCCACUUUAUUGGCGACCUGGUUCUUAAAGCAGGUCUGGUGAGCGGCUCUCAGGAGGGAGUGGAUCAUGAUGCCUCUACUCUCUACGAACAGUAUUUCACAAGACUUAAUCUGGUCCAGAUGGCUUCAAAGGAUAAAAAGUUAGUAACUAAGAUUUACAAGGCUAUAACGAGCGUGGCUAUUUUGUUUGCAAAUCUAGAUAAACGGCAGGCUUAUCUUAAAAAUCUGAAGACACAUAUCUCCAUCGGGUCCUACCAGCGUGAGUAUAUUGCAAAAAACAAGGACGCCCUGGAGGUGUAUGCACAAAGGACAGGCAGAGAGAUAGAUUUUGACUCGAUCCUUCAGAACCAGGCACUUCGGACCAUGCAGGAUUUUGAUCGAGAGGUAUUUGCACGGUUAGUUGUCCCAUCCCAGUCUCUUGACGACUACUACGAUCUUAUCUUCCCUUCUGCUGUUUGCUUGGAGGCCGUUGCGAUUCUAAGUCGAACCACGCCCAUCCUUUUCUUGGGUGCCUACGAUGACACAGUCACGGGGCCAUUGCUGCCGAUCCUUGCACACAUGACAGACAGUUAUCAAGGGAAAGCAAACCUAUUCACACGAUCCAGUGCCAGGAACCAGAUUGUCGCGAUACAGUACCGCCAGGGAGAGCACCUGGGGAUCAUUGGAGCAAACGGGAAGGAUGCGGCUAGUCUCGUACUAAUCCAUUGGUUUGCACAGUUUCUGAGCUACUAA